AUGACCGUAUAUAUAGGCUGGGGAAGGCGGUCGAAGAAACGACCCCAACGAAAAAGUCCUUCUGGAGGUAGAGAUCCUGUUGCGGAUACUACAGCUGCAGAAAGCGGUCCUGCUUCACAGUCCGCGACAGAGUCGUUCGGUGCUCAAACAACAACCACUACCACCGAUACAUCUAAUAGCUACAUAUUAUCAUCACACGCAGACGGAGAUUCAUGCCAACCAAAUAAUGACAUAAGAUAUCAACCAAGAAACUCAAGAUCUCUUCCGGAACACCCCCGUACAUUAGUGAAUGGGGUGUAUUAUGCGCAUGAUCCGAACUCUCUUCCAGAACCUUUAGGUCAAGGUUACAUGGCAUGGGCAAUGUUGGAGCGCGAAGCAGCAAGCCAAUCAUCACCACGGCAUCCAGGAGAAUCAAGGUGGAACAACAGAACCUUACGGUUUUGGCACUUAUCGACAGAUUUCAAUAGAUUUCGGAGUAAAAACGAUGAAGAUGACUUGAGUCAAAGCUGUACUCGAGACGGAGAACAAAGGCACAACGCAGGGGAUGGCACCGGUUCUAAUCGUCGUCGUCCGUCUUCAACACCAGCUCUGAAUAAGGAUUUGACACUUCAGCGGCCAUACACUGCGCCUCCUCACCAAUUGUGA